CCCAUCAGUUCUAAUGAGAGAUAAGCUAUUCAACAUAAGAAACCAAGGGGGCAAUUUUAAAAUAACACCAUUUUAGAUGUUAUUUUAGUUUUGCAACUGCAAUAGGUAGGGUACAUGUGAACAUAACAAACACAUUCAUAAGUGUAUAUCAUAUUUAAGCUUCUGCUAUGAUUUCUAUUUAGAUGUUACAUUUGACCCUACAGAAAAGAAAGGCAAGGACCUUAAAACCAUAUAAUUCUUGCUUUAUUUCGCCUAGGAUGAUGAAUGUGAAUGGAAAUGGGAAUUUAAUGUAAUUCCUUCCUAUUCCCCAGAUGGAGAUUCAUUCAUAGAAAUGAUGGAUAAUGCAAAAGUCCGUUAUAGAAUAUCUGAUUUUAUCAAACAGAUUGAUAUUUUAAACACUGAAGGAAGCUGGGAAAGUGCUUGGAAUGAAACCAGAAAGAAUCAGUUCAGAAUGAAUGUGUUCCCAUAUGUGGAUGAUUACAUUCUUCUUUGCAACACAUGGAAUAGAAGUAUCUCAUCAAUUACUAAGUUUAGACUCUUCCCAGAAGGUUCCCUUGUAGAUGUGAAAGGCUUGUAUGUUUUUAUCCACAAUGAGGGAGAGCUUCUUCAGAGAUUUCUCAGAAAUGACAUAGUAGAUAUAAAUCGGCUAAAGCAUUAUAACUUACAAGUUCAGAUAUCCGUAACCAAAAUGGCUUCAUCAACAUCCUUCACAUGCAGUACAAAGAGCUCUAACUAUGAUACCUGCGUGCUGAAAACUAAAUUAAAGCAACUUGAAAACAUGUGUUUGCCAGUCUUCAUGGAAGUAAAUGAAAUCAUGAGCACUGAAAAUGUUGAACUUUUGAGAUGCAAAACCUUUCAAGAAAGUAAAGAAGCAUUUUUGGUUUUCCAAUCAAUGUCUCAUUCAUGUAUGGAGUCUUGUACUCAGGUUGAAGUAGGAAUUAUAACCACUCCAGUUAGCAUGGUUUAUACUUAUCUGAAAGGAAAGCGUUUCAAUGUUGAAAAUACUGCUUACUAUUUCACAAUCCCUCAAGAAAUACGCUUGUCUGAAUUUCAGGAAAGUUAUUCCUUUAUUUCUUUAAUAGGAAAUGUUGGUGGUUGGAUGGGACUGUUCAUAGGGUUUUCAAUUCUGGGCUUCUCAGAGUUGAUAUUGGAGACUUUCAACACCCAGAAAAAAGCUAAAGCAAUUGUAUUAAGAGGAUUAUUAAUGUUAGGAAGUGCUAUAACAGUAGUAAUUUCAGUUUCUUCAUGUCUAAAACUGGCUGAAAGGAGAACUGGUUCAGAUAUCAAUAUUGAUACAGACUUAAAUAAUAUGAGUGUAUCAAUGUGUUCUCUGGAGAGCAUUUAUUCCUUCACAUAUAUAGAUGGAAAUGCACAAUAUGCAUAUGAAUAUAUUGGAGAAGAUAAGAAUUUCUGGAACAACAACACAAAACUUAAUCAAAAGAUCAGAAAAUUGGAGGUUUGGUUUAAAAAUGGAGAAAAACAGGUUCUCUUCGAUGCUAGUAAUAAUUUGACAACAGAUAUUAUUGAUAAAUCCAUAACUAUUCCAACAGGAGGGAGUUACCUUGAAACCUGUCAUACAUUUAAAUUGAAUUUCAGGAAUGCGGUUGACAAAGUAAAAAUUACUGCUAGAAAAGAAUUGACCUGCUAUGUGCAUUUGUCUGGACAGAUUUUGCAUCAAGAUUCUCGACAAGGAUUCAGUAUUACAGAUUCGUUAAUCACUUAUCUGGAUAAAUAUGUUGUUGAUUUUUAUUCUUCAUCCACUUCAUUUAAGAUGAAUAUAUUAAACUUGACUGGAGUUAUUGAUAAUCCAUACAAUGAACAAUUUUCUUAUGAUGAUUGUAUUUUGGCAUGGAUAAGCCAACAAGCAAAUGUAAGCAAAAGUUUCCUGAAUCCAAAAGAAGAAACAAACUUCACCAGUGGACUGGAUAAGGAUGCUUUUGAAAGGAUAAAACAUGUUUUAGGUUCAGAUGAAGUUUCUAAUGCAUGUAAAUGUCCAAUAAACCAGAUACAUGUUAAAUAUGGCAUAGAGAAACUAGAAGAUAAAUGGACAUAUCUAUGGAGAACUAUAAAUUAUAAGGAUAUAACACUUGAUUUUUUUCUUGAGCUCCCAGACUUUGUAGUCCUGAAUAAGCUUACUGAACUUUGGAAACUAUGUUGA